AUGAUCAUAUCUAGGCCUGGUGUCAGGCACAAAAGGAGAAACGACUUUUGCUGGUCGCUACCGCAAGAAUGUGUUAGUUUUCGCGACUCCAUUCUUAAAUUGUCAAAAAAAUAUCUAACGAGUACAUCUCUGAGGCUAGCGAAGAUCGAUAAACUCUCAAUUCUGGGGGUUCGCUCCUUCGAUAAUACGCGUAGCGAGACCAUCCAAUUUCACACGCCUCUCACCUUGAUCGUCGGUUACAAUGGGUCUGGAAAAACGACAAUUAUCGAAUGUCUCAAAUAUGCGACCACCGGUGACCUUCCCCCGAACAGUAAAGGCGGUGCAUUCAUCCACGAUCCCAAGCUAUGCGGCGAGAAAGAGGUGCUCGCCCAGGUGAAGCUCUCGUUCAAUGGAACAUCGGGCGCCAAAAUGGUUGCUACUCGCAGCCUGCAGCUUACGGUCAAGAAAACGACAAGGCAGCAGAAGACCCUCGAAGGACAACUUGUCAUGGUCAAAAAUGGCGAGCGCGCGUCUAUUUCGUCAAGAGUGGCGGAACUGGAUCAGAUCAUGCCACAGUAUCUGGGUGUUUCUAAAGCCGUGUUGGACUCUGUGAUAUUCUGCCAUCAGGAUGAAAGCUUAUGGCCAAUGAGCGAGCCUUCGGUGUUGAAAAAGCGAUUUGAUGAAAUCUUCGAAGCCAUGAAAUACACAAAGGCCAUCGACAACAUCAAGGCUUUGCGGAAAAAGCAGAAUGAAGAUCUCGGCAAAUUCAAGAUUAUGGAACAACAUGCUAAGGAGGAUAAAGACAAGGCUGAUCGUGCAGAGAAACGGUCUGUCAAACUACAAGAUGAGAUUGAGGCGUUGCGCGAGGAAACACAGCAGAUGUCUAAGGAGCUACGACGCGUCGCCGAACUAGCUGACAAAGCAUGGAAGGAAUCUGAAAGUUACGCCCAGGUGCUCGGUGCUCUAGAGGGAAAGCGCAUCGAAGCUAAAAGUAUCGAGAAUACCAUUGAGAACCUCAAGAGGCACCUUGUCGAGCUCGACGAUUCGGAUGAGUGGCUGCAAUCAAAUCUCGAGCAGUUUGAGACGAAGCAGAUCGAAUAUCAGCAGCAGGAAGAGUCGCAGAAGGAGAACUACAUGGAACUCAAGGAGAGAAUUGAGACCGCUCGACACAGACUGGGUCUAAAGCAAGCCGAAAAUGGCAAAUAUGAAAAUGACAAAGCCAACUUUGAACGCCAGGUUCAAAGACGUCAAAACAUGAUUAACGAGGCUGCUCGCAACAACAAUAUCCGUGGAGUCGACGACAACAUGGACCAGUCAGAGAUUGACGACUUCAUGCAGAAGAUCCGGCGCCUUUUACGGGAGCAAAAUCAGUCUCUUGACCGUGUGAAACGUGAGGCUCAGCGUGAACUCCGUGAGGUGCAGGACACUUUAAACGAGAUCGGUCAGCGAAAGUCCGCCUUGCAGGAAACCAAAAAUGCAGCAAAGAGACAGAUUGCGGCGAAUGAAAAGGAAGCGGCAGCGUAUCACGGGAAGCUGAAUGAAAUCGACGUCGACGAGGGUGUCCAGGCUGCUCUGGAGGCUAAGAUUGAGGACAUCGCUUCGAGUCUUGAUCAAGCUAAAGAGCGGGCCAAGGCUGCCUCCUGGGACCGAGAGAUCCAAGACGUCAACUCGCAGAUCCAACACCUUGAGGAUGAGAACUCGAAACUCAAUGCCGAGCUUAUUGAAUCUACAAAAAAAGCAGGCGAUUUGGCUCGCUUGGACCAUCUCAAGAAGGAGCUCAAGGACAGGGAACGGGGUCUGCAGACUAUGAAGAGUGCGCAUGGAGAUCGCCUGGUGAAAGUUGUCGGCUCCGACUGGCAACCAGAAAGCCUGGAGAAGGAUUUCCAAGGAGCCGUGGACGCCGAAUCCAAGCAAGUUGCUGAUGCCGAGCGGGUCCGCGAUGGUGUCCACCGAGAACUCGAGCAAGUGGAAUUCAAGCUGAAGAAUGCAAAGAAGAACUUGAAGCAGCGGCGCAACGAGCUCAAUGAUUGCAAAGAGGAGAUUCGUCAAGCGACCAAUGCUGAGCCAGCCGAUUACCCUGAAGUGGUCAAGGAUCGUCAGGCUCAGUAUGAGCUGGCUCGCAAGGAUGCUGAUCAAUACGCUGGCAUGGGGGAGUACCUCAACAAGUGUCUUGACGCAGCAAAACGGACCAAAAUGUGUCGCACUUGCCAGCGAUCAUUCAGGAAUGAAACCGAGCUUCAGACUUUUACCAGGAAACUCGAGGCUUUGGUGAAGAAGGCUGGCUUGGAUGCGGAAGAUGAAGCUUUGCAAGUCCUUGAAAGUGAUCUCGCAACCGCUCGCGCGGCCAAUGGAUUCUACGAACAGUGGAUGCGCCUUUCUGAGACUGAUAUUCCUGAGCUGGAGAAGGAAGAGCAAGUCUGCGAAUCUCAACGUGACGAGCUUCUGGACAAGCUCGAGACUUACGAUCAAACAGUCAGCGAUAAGUUGGAAAGCAAGAGAGAUGUGGAGACACUUGCAAAGACAGUGACUACUAUCUCACGAUACGAUGCUGAAAUCAAGAAUAUCACGUCUCAAAUCCAGGAGCUUUCUGCAAAGCAGCAGGAUUCCUCCCUGGGCCGCACCCUGGAGGACAUCCAGGAAGAAAUUUCGGCUUGUAAUGAAAAGUCUCGGGAUCUGAAGAAGACUCUUGUAAAGCUCACCAACGAGAAGGAGCAGGCACGAAGCGAGAUGAACAAGCUAGAGCUUCAGCUCAGAGAUGUACGGGACAACCUCAACAAUGCCAAGUUCCAGCUGGAAAAGAAAGCCGACCUGCUCGUGCGGAUGGAGGAGUACAAGAAACUCAAUACCCAGCAGAGGGAGGCGAUCCAAAAAGCAGACCAAGACAUCGAAAACCUCACACCUGAAUUGCUCCAAGCCCAAUCCAAAUACGACGAUAUCAGCCAAAAGACCGAAAGCCGCGAACGGGACUUGCAGCACGAGAUCAACAGGUUGUCCGACAGUAUCCACCAGCUCGAUCUUGCCAACGAGGACAUUAAUUCAUAUAUCGAACGAGGAGGUCCCGGUCAACUCGAGCGGAGUGAAAAAGAGAUUGUCGGCAUCGAGAGCGAGAUUAGCCAAUUUGAGACUGAACAAGGCGAGAUCACAAGGGAGAUCAACAAAAUCUCCGCUCAGCUCAAGGAUAGUGAAAAUACGAAGCGGCAAUAUUCAGACAACUUGACGUACCGUCAAGCUACACGAACGUUGGACAAAGUCAUUCAAGAAGUCGAAGAGCUGGAGUCGCAGAACGCCGAAGUCGACCGCAGCCGCUUCAAACAGGAGUCAGAGCGGUGGACUCGCGAGCACAAUGCCCUGGCUGCUAAACAAGCCAGCAAAAUGGGUGAAAUGAAGUCCAAGGAUGAUCAAUUGAUGCAACUGUUAGCCGACUGGAACACGGAUUACAAGGACGCAGCUUCCAAGUACAAGGAAGCACACAUCAAGGUGGAAACCACAAAGGCCGCAGUUGAGGAUCUCGCUCGCUACGGCGGCGCCCUAGACAAAGCUAUCAUGCGAUACCACGGACUGAAGAUGGAAGAAAUCAAUUCUAUCAUUGGCGAACUCUGGCAAAAGACGUACCGUGGAACAGACGUUGACACGAUCCUCAUCCGUUCCGACAACGAAAAUGCCAAGGGCAAUCGAUCCUACAAUUACCGCGUUUGCAUGGUCAAAUCAGGUGCAGAGAUGGACAUGCGUGGUCGCUGCAGUGCUGGUCAGAAGGUACUGGCCAGUAUCAUCAUUCGUCUGGCUCUAGCGGAAUGUUUCGGCGUGAAUUGUGGUCUCAUCGCUCUCGACGAGCCCACGACCAACUUGGAUCGUGAUAAUAUUCGCUCUCUAGCAGAGUCGUUGCAUGAUAUCAUUCGAGCUCGACAGCAACAGGCCAAUUUCCAGUUGAUUGUUAUUACCCACGACGAAGAGUUUUUGCGCCACAUGCAGUGCGGUGACUUUAGCGAUUAUUACUAUCGUGUCUCGCGAAAUGAGAGGCAGAAGUCGAUCAUUGAGAGGCAGUCAAUUGCUGAGGUCAUGUAA